GAGGGAGGGAGGUGUAUGAGACAGAUGCUGGGAGUGUGCAUAUUCUGCUAUUGGUCUGAGAUGAUGGGAUAUGCCGGAGCAGGAAAGGAGGUUAAAGUGUGUUUAAGGAGAGCCUAUGGCCUAUUCCGGGGAUUUAGGCAUGGCCAGGGAUAGCAAACGUCAUAGAAUUGAAGGAAUGGUACGUGAAGAUGCGGAGAGAAGACUAAGUGGAGCAGAAAACCAACGUGCAGACGAAGAAAGGAACUGUAUUGGGUAUUGAAGUGUAGGGGGCCUUCAUGAGACGUAGGGAGUCAGAGACCGAAAGCGUGACAGAAGGACGAUAUCAGAAAUGCCACUCAAAUCCGUUACAACAGAUAGGAACGAUAUGUGGAUGUUUACCGUUAAAGGUCGCUAAGUUCAAACCAUUGCACAACGCCAAUCCAUGCCGCAGCAAUAUCUAUCAUACAGGGUUUGUACACGCUAUCGUUUCCCCAAUCCAAUGCUCUUAAAAGAUAUAUUCCGUUCCUUCCACCGAGUUUCCGCAAUAGAGCGCACGAUUCGGUCACAAUCCCAUUCGCAAUCGUCGUUCGGGCGCUUCGAUCGGUAUCGCAAUACCGCUUAUUUCUUGCCGCGUUUCUGUUCGAGGAAGAGGACUUGUUUCCGCACUAUAGAUCCGUCAAUCGGCCGCUCUUAUACGCUUCAAGUUUUCACUCCAAAAGCUCUUCCCAGAAUGGUCUAUCUGCCCAUCCAACUGGAAUUCCCUUGGAACGGGAUAAGGGUUCAUCGUACCAAUAGGAUCGUAUUUCAGCAUGCUCAGCGGCCGGUGCGCACGAGGUCUCAUCACAGUCCGGUAGUAGCCCGUCAUGGCCAUUGAUAUGAGGCGUACCAUGAUGGUACGGGACUUCGCUGUUCACUAUCUGUCAGCGAAGGUUCGAUCGAAUGGGAAAGGCGGAGAGGAAGAUUAG